CAGGUAGACGAUGGCGCGCGUGUUUCUUCGUCUCCUCUUGGCCGUCCACGUGACAGCCUCACUGUCAUCUUCAGAGGGGCCGCAGCAGGCCUCUCCAUGCCCGCCUCGGUGGCUCCUGUUCGGGCAGAGAUGCUUCGCCUUCUACCCUGUGUGGAGCUCCUGGAGCACCGCCAAUUCCAUGUGCUCUCAGACAGGAAGUGACCUGGCGUCGCUUCACACACCGGAGGAGCGGCGGUUUGUCCGUCAGAUGGCAAACACACACACUCCUGUAUGGCUGGGAGGUUACCAG